AUGAUCAGGGACUUGAGAAUACAAAGAAAUUCAAGGCCAUCUGGUGCAUUGUUGCUGCCCCCCGGGUCAAACUCUUCUGGUGGAAAGUCAUAUGGGGGGGCCUUGCCAUGCAAAGCUACUCUUUACCAUAGAGGAAUCAUUCCCUCUGAUCAAGCAAACUACGAUGUAUGCAGCGUCGAGGAAGACAUCAACCACAUUUUAUUUUUCUGCCCGAUGGCCAAGCAAGCAUGGGAUCUACUAGCAGCUAACCUCAGCCUAAGUCAGCCUUUGAACCCCAUUGAAGAUGUUCUGCAGUUUCUGUUUACAUCACACAACACUUUGCACCGGACCUUAGUGGCAUAUUGCGGGUGGUAUAUUUGGUUUGCUCGCAAUUUCUGCCCUCAUAACCAGCAAUCCAUCAAUGCCAAUGCAGUUAUUGGUUCUUCCCUCCGGCUGGCUACUGAAUUCCACAACACCUUCUCCCAUGACGUGCCCUGGGACAUCAGCAGCUCCAGCAGCUCCUCUAUUCAGCCACCAAUAUUGGUGUCUUGGUUGCCCCCGCCCCACGGAUGGAUGAAGGUGAAUUUCGAUGGGUCUGUUAGGAAUGGAAGCUAA